UUGCGAAAAGAAAGGAGGGAAUUUCAAUAUUUUUAUUUUCAUUGAUAUUGUUACCUUAUCUUUUUUUUAUCAGAACAAAUAGAUUAUCAUUACGCGUUAGAUAAGAUUCAUUAAAAUACCUUUUUGAGAUUCAGAAUAAACAAGUAAUCGGUAGAAAUACGUUCGACUCAAUACAAAACUUAUUCAAAACCACAAUUAUUAUUUUGAUGGUAAAAAAUGAAUAGUAGCACUUGGUCGGCACCAGUUCAACGUGGACGAUGGAUUUUAAACACACUUUUUCAUCAAGCUUUAGCCGUCGUGGUUAUAUUCACCAUUUGGAUACCAAUUGAUUAUAAUAUUGUUUUUCAUAAUCAACUUAUUGGGCACAUUAUUUUCUGUACAAUCGGUGUUUUCUUCUUAGCAGAGUCGUUAAUACUUUUCGCUGGAGAUAAUGUUUGGUCACAAGAUUUAGAGAAAAAAUCUCGAUAUUGGAUACAUGGUGUUUUAAUAGCAAUCGGGACUGUUUGUAUUAUUACUGGAAUAUCUAUUGAAAUAAAUAGAACUAAAUUAACCGGGCACUUUGAAUCUGAUCAUGGCAUAAUUGGACUUAUGGCAUUGAUUUUUCUUUCUUUAUCUCUUAUUUUGGGAUUACUGGGUGCAUUUUCAAACACAUUUUCUGGUUAUAUUCGGCCAGUAAUACUUAAAUUUACACACAAUUUGAUUGGAAUUAUCACUUAUACUUUUUGCAUAGCCGCAUUGUGUUUGGGUUAUUACACGGAUCCUUAUAAACAAUUAACCAGCUCAACAACAAGAAAUUCCGCAACUGUUGCAGCUUGUAUAAUUUGCUGUUGGUCGCUGAUAACAUCUUUUAUUUCGGCUUACAAACAAAUACGAAGUAUUGAUAAUUCAAAAAAAGGUUUACCUUUGGAAUUAAUCGGAGUCAAUAGACCAAAAAGUUUAAUUUUUUUGGAUCAACAUCCUGUUGAAAAUGAGGAGGAAAGGAAAACUUUAAGUGGAGAUGAGUGAUAAAAAGGAAAAGAUAACACAAAAGAAAAAACAUUGUGAUAAAAAAAAUUUAAUUUAUUUGAUGACUAACGAAAUGAACAAUCAAUCAAUUUUUAUUGUAUCAGUAUUACAAACUUAAAAAAUUAAAAGAAAAUCAAUUAAAUUUAAGGUAUGAAUCAUACCUUAACAAUUUAUAAGGAGGAAUUUUUCAAUAAAAUUUUUAAACAAAACAUCCACAUCGUUUUUAUUAUUAUUUUCAUUUAAUCAUCGACGUUUUUUAAUAUUUUUUUUUAUAACUAAUAAAUACAGAAAACGGAAGCCUAGUAAUACUUUUAUUCAUGACAUUAUCGUUAAAAGUAGCACAUAUUAAUAUUUUAUAACAUCCAAAAACGUUUAAAACAAACCCGAUAAGAUAACAAAAAGAAUCUUGUUGGGUUUAUUUUAAUUCAUUUUUUUCUAGAUUUUAUUUUAUUCAACACAAUACUUAAAAAAAUUGCUAAAACUCAAAAAAUAAAAACGUUUCUUUGGGUAUUUUUUUUUCUUUCGAUUCUAACUCAGAAUGGCAGUGCAAAAAGUUACAAUUAAUUAAUUAAAUACGCGUAAUGAUUAUUCAAUACAAAUUGUAAAUUAUUAAUUAUAAGGUAAUAAUUAGUUAAAUACAAGGUAAUAAUAACAAUAAUUGACAAGCCCUACAUAGAAAUUGAUCUAUUACAUUAGUCUAAUGGUAGUUUUAGCGACUGAUUUUGAUUUAUUUAUUUAAUUUAAUUAUUAUCAAGGGGGAAGCUAA